AAAGAUAGCCCCCCCACACGCAAACACACACACACACACUGCUUGAGGAGAUUACCAGCAUCCCUCUGCAACACCGCGCAUCGUAUUUACACAGAGAGAAGAUUGAAUCCGCUAAUUCGGUGCAACGAGACAAGGUUCACAAUCCUGUUUGGGUAAACACAAUAAAUUAGCUAAACUAGCCGAUCCCAGCUCAGAUUCGUCUUAUCUAGCCUUUCCCAAGACUGUGUGUAGAGACAGAGAGAGAGAGACAGAGACAGGUAUAAAUAGGACUGUCGUCUACUGCAUGAGAUAUCAGCUGGAGACGGAGACAGAGAGAGAGAGAGAGAGAAGGAAGGGAGAUCGUUCUCUGAAGAGGAAGAAAGUGACGUCUAAUCGAGGGUACAAUGCAAAGCCCUGCGCUCGUGUUCUGGGGGAGAAGGCUUCUGCUGAUCUCCGCUGUUCUUUGCCCCUGGGUUGCGGACGCAAGCGGAGAGUGCUACUUCAACGGCAAAGCGAGCUGUGAGCACAAGGGCCAGGUGUUUGGGAUCGGGGAGACCUGGCUGACCAAGGAGUGUUUCCAGUGUAUCUGCCUGAACCCCUUCGGCGUGGGGUGCUGUGACGAUGGCCAGCAGCCCGUGGACUACCCCGACUGGUGUGAGGUCAUCCGCAAGCCGGACUCGUGCAGCGUUGCCGUGGUGAUGAGAGCGAACCACAAGAUCCCGUGCAUUGCUAACACAGCGCGGAACCGGCAGAGAGGCAGCGAGAGGACGGUGUGGAAGGAGCCCAACGACCCCCUGUACUAACUGCCAGAAGAGAGAGACACACACACACACCCGACCCCCGAGCCUCACACACACACACACCCCCGGAGCCUCACACAC